AUGGUUAACUUUGGUGUCUCCGCUCCCCCAAACAGCCCCGUCACCAGCUCCUCCUCUUCGUCAGAGGACACAAUGAUUACAGGCUGUUCACCUACGCCUAUCUACAUUCAUGGCUUCAGCACAGUAGGCCAUAGCCGCCCUUGGACUCCUAAAAUGGAGGCUGAGCAGAAAGCUUUGAGCAACAUUAUGUCAUUUUGUGACAUGAACAGUCUUGAAGACUUCAACAUUUCAAGACCAUGGAUGCUCCCCGGUGACGUGGUGGAUCUGGAGCUACGCAGCGUUUUCUUGCGUCUUCAACUGUUGAGAAAGAUUUUUGUUGCCCUGACUCACGUCCUCAACACCACUACACAGGAAGUCAACGAGGUGCUCGCGGAGAUAAAGAAGCUCAUCUGCUCGACUUCGUUCAUCAUCUAUAACGAGUGGGAGCGAGAGCACCAGCAGAUAGUUGCCAAGCGUAACUUUGAACUCCGCAGAGAAAAGGCCGUCACUUCCAAUCCUAUCACACGUGCGUUUAGAGGCUCUGCCGCUAACAUCCGCGAGGAAUACGCUGUCCGUGCCAUGGAGGCCGACAGUAAGCGUGAUCAACGCUUGGCAGCCGUCACCGAAGAGAUGGAGAUUAUCGAUCUCCAUCGCAGCUUCCUCAGCCUUGCUAUUAGCCCACUAGUUAGCAACUCCGCAACCUUUGUCUACAACGGCUCCGUUCAAGGAACAUUCUCCGAGGUUCCCAUUACCACGGCAAAUGUUAGAAAAGUCCGACAUGGUGUCUAUCAAUACACUUUGCUAUGGGAUUCAACAGCGGACGCCGAGGCUGUGCUCUGCCCAGUUGUCUUCCGACGCAGUCAAUUUGGCCGAUUUCCUCCCAAUCUUCACCUCAAGUGGACAAAGUGUUCCUACACUGGCGACAAGGGAUCUGUUUCAAGCGCCUCCACGCUUGGCCUUCAAUCAGCCAUCAACGUUGUUGUGUGGGAUGAGCGCAUCACACAUGACCGAGAAGAACUCGAACACUUUUUCAGAGACGAGUCUCUGCGUUACAUGACUCCCGACGGUAGAGAAAGGGCUGUUCGAAAGGAGACUAAGCAGUGGCGAAAGCUUAUGCAGGCUUAA